AUGGCGUUUGGCAGCUCUAAAAACCGCCAACCUAGGCUUAUCUUUGUGUCCCUGGAUGUUUUACUUCCAUCAAACGGCCCGGGCUCCGACAUUAGCCAUACCGAUCGCUUCUUGGGAGGCCUUUGCGGCUGGGGAACACGGCGUAAUGUUAUCGCCGCAUACACUCAAACAUAUCAACCUGGUGAUAACAUCAUCCUGUCGGGAUAUUCUCGAGGGGCUUGGGCUGCUCGAUAUCUUGCGCUCAUCAUUGAAGCUAUUGGUUUACCCGAACAAAGCGUUAAUCAUAAGUUCUUCCAUCUCUUGUAUCAAGAAUGCGACAAGAAUCCCAACUUCGAAUCGACUGUCACCCCGGAGCUAAACAAAUUCGUUUGGACGUAG